AUGCACGAUGAAGCUCCUGCCAAUUCAGAUGAUUUAGAAAGGCAAGCUACUUUCUUUCGGUCUAUUCUACAGUACGCUCUUCAUUUUUCGUCGCACUCGCCCAUUUUCGCUUUGAAUUAUACAAAAGAUGAUGCUCUAUUAUUGAACAUCAAUUAUCAACCUAAACCCUCCUACUUUCAAGCACAAGAAGAAUUGGCUCGGGUUAUUCACGAUGGUGUUUAUCGUUUAACAUCCAAAACUCAACUUGAUAAAUAUCUCGGCACUCUUAACAACGGAUCGACGACAAGUGUGAAGCUUUUCACCGGAAAUUGUGAUGGACUAAAUCAAAAAUGGGCUGUGACAUAG